AUGUGCCCCGCUAUUUUCAAUCGAUUAGAAUCGUUUAGCAACGAAUUAUUACUUGAUAUUUUUGAAUAUCUUGAUGCAUACAACUUGUAUCAAGCUUUUUAUGGAUUAAACUAUCGUAUUGAUGGUGUUCUUCAAUCAGCUCAUUUACACAUUUUUUAUGAUUCAUCAAAUGAAAACAAACCAGGUUGGGAUACACUUAUAUCCUCUGUCAAUCCAUCACAAAUUCGUAUAUUGUCUUGUUAUAAGGAUAUUAACAUUGAUAAUCAUUUUUUAUCUGCUGCUAAAGAAAAUUUACGGUCUCUUUGUUUAUGUAAAGUGUAUCGACCGGUAAUUAACACAAUAUUUCAACAUUUUUCAAGUGGUAAUAAAAUUAAAUGUUUAUCUAUUAGAGAACAUUCGCGUUUUACAAAGCGAAGUGAUCAUUCUCUCUUUGAUCUUAUAUUAAUCGAUAAUGCUCAUCGUUUUACCUCACUUGUUAAUCUUUCAUUAUCAUGUACCCGCUAUAUGAAGGUUUCCUCUGCUGGUUCAGUUCGAUUUUUACAGCUGCAUCAUCUAUCGAUUAGUAACUGUUAUUGGUCAACAAAUUUUCUUCAACUUCUUCAAAGUAAUAUACCAAAUCUCAAAUCACUAAAAUUUAUUGGAUAUUACCACUUUUUGAAUCUACCAUCGGAUUUUGUUUUGAAACGUGUUGAUGAACUGCAUAUGAAUUACUCUGGUAACUUCGUUGGUCUGCACAAUAUACUUUCUGUUUUUCCUUGUUUACGUCGACUCUAUAUAGAUCAGGGAAGCGGUCGACGAUCUGCAAUUAUCAAUGGUGUUCAAUGGCAGAAGCUGAUUGAAAAUUAUUUACCAGAUUUGAGACAAUUAACUAUUGAUUUUGGUGAUGGAAUUGAUGAUGAUAUUGUAGAAGCAUUUUAUACAGGUGAAUUUUGGUCAACGAAAAAAGUCAAUUUUUCAAAAGAUCGUCAUUUAUCCAAUGGUCUUCUUGUAAUUUAG